GCACCGUCUGUGUCCUGCUGUCCUUCCCAUUCAUCUUCAGCCCAUGCCUUGGCUGCGGGGAGGCCACCCCUGAGUGGGCUGCCCUGCUCUAUUAUGGACCCUUCAUCGUCAUCUUCCAGUUUGGCUGGGCUGCCACUCAGAUUGCCCACCUGAGUCUCAUCCCAGAGCUGGUGACCAGUGACCACGAGAAGGUGGAGCUCACAGCCCUCAGGUAUGCGUUCACCGUGGUGGCUAACAUCACGGUGUACGGUGCCGCCUGGCUGCUGCUGCAUCUGCAGGGAUCCUCGCAUGCUGGGCAGGAUAUCAGUGUAGGUGACCAGCUGGGAGUCCAGGAUGUGCCGGUGUUUCGGAACCUGGCCCUGAUGGUGGUGGGCGUGGGAGCCAUCUUCUCGCUGCUCUUCCACUUGGGUACCAAGGAGGGGCGGCGGCCCUGUCCCCGGGAGAUGGAACCUGACGAGCACAGCCCCCUGGUGGCCCCCACAGCCAGGCCACUGCUGCUCUGGAAACACUGGCUGCGGGAGCCAGCUUUCUAUCAGGUGGGCAUGCUGUACAUGACCACGAGGCUCAUUGUGAACCUGUCUCAGACCUACAUUGCCAUGUACCUGACCUACUCUCUCAGCCUACCCAAGAAGUUUAUCGCCACCAUCCCUCUGGUGAUGUACCUGAGCGGCUUCCUCUCAUCCUUCCUCAUGAAACCUGUCAACAGGCGCAUAGGGAGGAACAUGACCUACUUCAGCGGGCUUCUGGUGAUCCUGGCCUUCGCAGCAUGGGUGGCUCUGGUAGAUAAGCUGGGCGUGGCUGUGUAUGGGGCAGCUGUGCUGCUGGGUGCAGGCUGUGCCACUGUCCUUGUCACCUCACUGGCCAUGACAGCUGACCUCAUUGGCCCACACACGCACAGUGGAGCCUUCGUGUAUGGUGCUAUGAGCUUUUCGGACAAGGUGGCCAAUGGGCUGGCAGUCAUGGCUGUGCAGAGCCUGCACCCCUGCCCCUCCGAGCUGUGCUGUAGGGCCUGUGUGGGCUUCUACCACUGGGUGAUGGUGACCGUGACCGGUGGUGUGGGUGUGGCCGCGGCCCUGGCUCUCUGCAGCCUCCUCAUUUGGCCCAUUCGCAUUCGAACCCGUACUGGGGACCCCAGAGACCGGCCCUGACCCGGCUCCCUAGGGCAACACGACGAAGGACCAGGCAGACACCCUAGUCCCCCGACCCUCCCUCCAGCUGCCCGGGGUCAGAGGCCACGCUGUGCGGGGGUGGACACCCGGCUAAGCUUGCUGGGCCCUGGGGACUCUGCCCAACCGUGAACUCAGAGGACGCAGCAGCCCGGAGCAGGCGCUUGCGGGGACCAGGGGAGAAUAAAGCUCGGCCGCAGAGGCUGGAGGACUGACA